CUGCCACCACCACUACUUCCUCUUCCUCCUCCUCCUCCUCCUCCUACAUAUACCUCCUAUCCCAUCCUUAUCCCCCACUCCUCGAGGCCCACAACCUCAUGAAGCUCCUCUGCCAACUCUAUCCCGAAGCUCCCAUCUCCCUCCUCACUCCCUGUUGGGACUCCGUUCUCAUCACCUCCCCUUGCCCCACCCUUCACUCAGACAUCCUUUCCCGAAUCCCCAUCACCUGCUUUGUCCCCAAUGCCUCUCUCUCCCCUGCUCCUUCCCUUCCCACUCCCACCAAACCCAAGGCCUGCAUUGCCCACCAACCCUUACCGCCAUGACCACUUAGCUUAGUCUGACGAUUACGGAGGAGGAGGUGCUGUUGGAGCUUAAGGCACAUCCCUACCUAGACGUCCAUGCAGUGCACCGGAUUUUCAAUUCUGCCGGCCCCACCCUCCUUAGGCCCAGCGCACAUUACACGCAGCAGAGGCAGAGCCGCUUUUGUAGAGCACGCAUUCCAAUGGGGCACCGCAUACUGCACGCAGCCGAGGCGCAGGGCAGGAUUAGCUGGGUCAGCCCUCUGUCCCUCUGUCCGAGCUGCACAGUUUUCCUCUGCCUGCGGCCUGAGGGGCCUGUUAUCUCUGAUCCCAUCUCUGUCAGCGGUUCGCACCACCACAGAGGUGGUCUCUGGCACCGCGUUGCGCUUGGCCAGUAGUGACUUUCCAGCAGCAGUGUGUGUGUCUGCGACAGUACCUCACUUUCGUUCUUGUACAAAGUCUUUUAGUUAUGGAACAUUUCAUUCAGUUAGUUCAGGACAACCCAGUGCUGUACGACACCAGUCAUCUGGACUACAUGCAGAGUAAAUUGAAGGACGAAAUACGGAAGAAGGUUGCAGAGGAAUUACAUUACAGCAAUUGGGAAACAGCGAAAGAAAAUUGGAGAGAACUUAGGGAUCGUCAUCAAGAUGGCCUCCGUAGACAGAAAAAGAAGAGUGGGCAGGCAGCGACCUCAGUCCGCCCAUGGCUGUACCAAAAUCAGAUGGAAUUUUUAGUUCCAUAUAUGGCCACCAGAGGUACCGUAACAAAUAGAAUGGAAGAGGUAAAUGCUACAACGAGCGUUGCAAAUGAUGGUGGAGAACGUGACGUAACAGACACACAGAGAAACGAAACACAAGACGACUUGGGGACGCCAUUGACAAAGAAGAAUAAGAAAGCAGAUGUCAGUAAAAUCAUUCUUGAAAGUAUUAACAGCUACGAAGAGAGAGCUAAGAAAAGAGACAUUUUACGUGAAAGAUCACUGCAUCAAGAAAAUGACGCCUUACACCAAUUUUUCAUGUCGAUGUACCUAUCGACAAAAGAGAUGCCAAAGGCGUACCAAGUGUUGGUAAAGAAAAAAGUGUUUCAGUUAGUACCUGAAACGGAGGAGGAAAUUUGACUAAAUCAGUGGCUCCACAUCAUUCAUCAAUACCAUCGUGCAGCACAGAAAAUAGUUCGUCUACCACGUCAAUAUCUGACUCUCCUGGUACGGAGUUUGAACCUUCAGCACCACAUUUACU